AUGCAUCAGUUUGCCAAGAGAUUAAAGUGGUACUUGAGCUUUGCCACAGGGAUAUUAGAGUGCCUCGGCUUCACGGGGGUGAUAUAUGGUUGGGUCUCACUCGUCUUCGUGCUGAAGAAGGAGAAAUAUUUCCUCGAACUCUGUGCUGCACUGAACAACUCCAACUCCAGCAUAGCCGGAGCAAGGAAUGGCACAUUUGGCUGUGAUCUGCAGGACGAACAUUUAUCCCUCGUCUUCACCAUUGCCUCUUUCGCAUUCAACUUCCUAGCCUUCCCCAGUGGUGCCCUGUUUGACUACUUUGGCACCAUGGCCACCCGCAUCUUGGCCAUAUGUAUCUAUACCACUGCCACUCUCAUGAUGGCCUUUUCCACUGCUGCUUCCUCAACGCUUUUGUUUCCUGCACUCUUUCUUAUGGCCAUUGGAGGAAUCCUUCUCUUCAUUACAAACAUCCAGGUUGGAAACUUAUUUGGAAACAACCGUUCCACAAUUAUCACCGUAUACAAUGGAGCUCUCGAUUCUUCAUCAGCCGUUUACCAGCUUGUUAAGGUUUUGUACGAGGUUCGAUUCUCAAUGAAGUCCAUGUUCCUGUUCAUCACCUCACUCAGCUCCAUCCACCUCCUGCGGACCUUCUUCCUGCUUCCCCGGACACAUAUUCCUUAUCCCCUCCCGGAGGGGUACAACUAUGGCAUCACUUGUGAGACGUUCAGAUCGGGUUCAUUAUCCGUUCAGGAGGUCACAGAAGUUCAGAGGAGGCCAGACCUUGGAGGCAAUGGGACGGUGGAAGAGGAGAACGAGACAGAGGAAGAACCGGAAGGGGACAGAGGGGAGAGGCAGGGAGGGAUGGAAGUAAGCAUGGAAGACAGCAUACAAGAGGGAGAAGCAGACAGGGGCGAAAUACAGGAGCAGGUGGACGGCACUGAUGCUAUGAAUCCACAGCCUAUUGAACCACAAGCUAGAGACAUAACAGGGCACGAGGAACAGAUUCCCUCCUUCAGAAGCUGCAUCUUCACCAAAAUCUUCCUCACCCACCUGUUUUGGCUCUCUGUCAUGUCUCUCCUCCACAAUCUGUAUAUCGGCACACUGAACCCCAUGCUUGCACAGCUGGCUGAUGGUGACUCUUUAAAAGUUAGUCGGUUUACAAAUGCCUUCGCCUUCACACAGUUGUGUGGCCUCUUAUUUUCUCCAUUUAAUGGGCUGAUCAUGGACAGGAACAAAAGGAAAGCAAAUUCACCAGUCGCUCUCUCAGGUUCUGCCAGUUCCAUUAGACUGGCUGACAUGAAAUCUGCGGUGUUGUCUCUGGCCAUUACGGUCACACAGUGUCUUCUCUUCGCGAUAUUCGCCACUAUCCCUACACUGGACGUUCAGUAUCUGACCUUCGUCCUGCAAGUGAUCAAUCGAGCAUUCCUGUUCGGUGGAAAUGCCUCAUUCAUCACCAUCACCUUCCCUCCCUGCCACUUCGGGAAAAUCUUUGGCCUAGGACUGGCUGUCUCGGCAGUUGUCUCUCUGCUGGAGUACCCCUUGUUUGCUCUGGUUGAGGGACCUUUACAACACAACCCACUGUAUCUGAACAUCGGAUUAAUCAUCCUGGUAACACUGACCUACGUCCAUCCUAUCAAUGUCUACCUUUACUGCCGACGGGAAAGCAGGAGAGAGAAGCAGUGAAACCCAACCAAGACGAAGUCCAGGUUUUGGGGGUAGCAGGGCGACGACCGACGACACAUAGUUUUCUUGAUCUUGUUUGUUGUGGGAGAUUACACAGUUAGGGAAUGUGAUGGAUAUGUUGCUGGUCAGAUU